UAAUGGAUUUCGUAUAAAGUGAAGAGAGAUAUUAAAAAUUAGAGAAAAUAGGAGAAGGCACCUAUGGAUUAGUUUAUAAGGCUAAAGAUAAUCAAACAGGAGAGAUAGUGGCAUUAAAGAAAAUAAGAAUGGAUCAUGAAGAUGAAGGAGUUCCAUCAACUGCCAUUAGAGAAAUUUCAUUAUUAAAAGAAGUAACAAUUUAUAAAAAUACCAGGUCUAACAUCCUAAUAUUGUUCCUCUAAAAGAUGUUGUUUAUGAUGAAUCAAGAUUGUAUCUAAUCUUUGAUUUUGUCGAUUUAGAUUUAAAAAAGUACAUGGAAAGUGUACCUUAGUUAGAUAGAGUUUAAGUGAAGAAAUUCAUACACUAAAUGUUAUAAGCUCUAAAUUAUUGCCAUUAAAAUAGAGUUAUUCAUAGAGAUUUAAAGCCUUAAAAUAUUUUGGUAGACAUAAAAUAAUAAAACACUCAAAUAGCAGAUUUUGGAUUAGCAAGAGCAUUUGGCUUACCUUUAAAAACCUACACUCAUGAAGUUAUAACAUUAUGGUAUAGAGCCCCAGAAAUUCUACUUGGAUAAAGAUAAUAUUCUACUCCUGUAGACAUAUGGUCUUUGGGUUGUAUAUUUGCUGAAAUGGCCUAAAAACGUCCAUUAUUUUGUGGAGAUUCUGAAAUUGAUUAGUUAUUCAAGAUAUUUAAGAUCAUGGGAACUCCAAAAGAGUCUACAUGGCCAGGUGUUAGUACUUUACCUGAUUUCAAGAGUACUUUUCCAAGAUGGCCAACUCCUACUAAUCCAGCUGCUACAUUAGGAAGGGAUAUUACAAAUUUAUGUCCAUUAGGAUUAGAUCUACUUUCUAAGAUGAUUGUUUAUGAUCCUUAUGCAAGAAUAACAGCAGAAGAAGCUUUGAAGCAUGCUUAUUUUGACGAUUUAAAUAACUGAUAU